AGGCGCUGAGCGAUGGCGUCAUAAACGCGAGCCGCACAGCGCCGGACCUGCAAGAGGGACGAUGUCGCCGCCGCUCUUCAGCCUUCCCGAGGCGCGGCUCCGCUUCACGAAUUCUACUCGAGAUGCUUUGACCAACAAAACUAUCAAACCCUUAUUGAAUGCAUUCAACCAGAUUCCUGGAAGUGAAAAUGAAAAGAAAUGCACCCUGGAUCAAUCUUUCAGAGUUGUUCUAGAAGAGGAAAUUAUAAACCAAGCUUCAUGUGAAAAUGUCUUGGCUAUUAUUUCUCUUGCUAUUAAUGGAGUUACAGAUGGUAUCUGCACAGCAUCAACCCCUUUUGUGCUUCUGGGAGAUGUUCUGGAUUGCCUGCCUUUGGAUCAGUGUGACAAAAUUUUUACCUUUGUCGAAAAAAAUGUCACUACAUGGAAAUCAAAUACGUUUUAUUCGGCUGGGAAGAAUUACUUGCUGAGAAUGUGCAAUGAUCUCCUAAGAAGAUUAUCUAAAUCACAAAACACAGUCUUCUGUGGAAGAAUUCAGCUAUUCCUGGCUAGAUUAUUUCCUCUUUCAGAGAAGUCAGGACUUAAUUUGCAAAGUCAGUUUAAUCUGGAAAAUGUCACAGUUUUCAAUACUAAUGAACAAGAGAGCACUCUGGGACAGAAGCACAUAGAGGAGAGAGAUGAAGGAAUGGAAGUAGAAGAAGGUGAAAUGGGAGAUGAUGAAGCUCCUACAAGUUGCUCCAUUCCAAUAGAUUACAACCUGUAUAGAAAAUUCUGGUCGCUUCAGGAUUACUUUAGGAAUCCUGUGCAGUGCUAUGAGAAGAUCUCGUGGAAGACAUUUCUUAAGUACUCAGAAGAAGUUUUGGCUGUUUUUAAAAGCUACAAAUUGGAUGACACGCAGGCCUCCAGAAAAAAGUUGGAAGAGCUAAAAACAGGGGGAGAACAUGUCUACUUUGCAAAGUUCUUAACUAGUGAAAAGCUAAUGGAUUUACAGCUGAGUGACAGUAACUUCCGCCGUCACAUCUUGCUGCAAUAUCUAAUACUAUUUCAGUAUCUAAAGGGACAAGUCAAAUUUAAAAGUUCAAACUACGUUCUAACUGAUGAACAGUCCCUCUGGAUUGAAGAUACUACAAAAUUGGUUUACCAGCUUCUUUCAGAAAACCCCCCAGAUGGGGAAAGAUUCUCAAAAAUGGUAGAGCAUAUAUUAAACACUGAAGAAAACUGGAACACCUGGAAAAAUGAAGGCUGCCCAAGUUUUGUGAAAGAAAGACCAUCAGAUUCCAAGCCAACAAGACUUGUGAGAAAGAGGCCAGCUCCAGAGGAUUUCCUAGGGAAAGGACCAAACAAAAAAAUUCUCAUGGGGAAUGAGGAGCUAACGCGGCUUUGGAAUUUAUGUCCGGACAACAUGGAAGCUUGUAAAUCUGAGACUAGGGAAUAUAUGCCAACACUGGAGGAGUUCUUCGAAGAGGCUAUUGAGCAGGCAGAUCCUGAAAACAUGGUUGAAAAUGAGUAUAAGGCUGUGAACAAUUCUAAUUAUGGCUGGAGAGCAUUAAGAUUACUAGCACGCAGAAGUCCCCACUUCUUCCAGCCAACCAAUCAACAAUUUAAGAGUUUACCAGAAUACUUAGAAAACAUGGUAAUCAAAUUAGCCAAGGAGUUGCCUCCUCCUUCUGAAGAAAUAAAAACAGGAGAGGAUGAAGAUGAGGAAGAUAAUGAUGCUUUAUUAAAGGAAAACAAUGAAAGUCCAGAUGUACAACGAGACAAACCCGUGACCGGGGGGCAAAUUGAAUCAUUUGCUAACAAGCUUGGAGAACAGUGGAAGACUCUGGCCCCCUACUUGGAAAUGAAGGACUCUGAUAUAAGACAGAUUGAGUCCGAUAGUGAGGAUGUGAAGAUGAGAGCUAAACAGCUGCUGGUUGCCUGGCAGGAUCAAGAGGGGAUACAUGCAACACCUGAGAAUCUGAUUACUGCAAUGAACAAAGCUGGAUUAAGUGAUCUUGCAGAAAGCCUAACUAAUGACACUGAAAACAGUAGUUAAUUUAUUUCAGAUUGCAACUUUUUUAUUAAAACAAUGGAUUAUUGUUGCUAGGUAACAGAUCUAACAUUUUGAUAGGGCAGCUUUAUGUUUAGUAAACAAAUAAAACCUUUCUAUAACCUUUAGUUUUCUAGAGUUCCCGAGAAGGAUUAGUAACAGUGAUCUAGAAAUAGCAACCCAGGCAUCAUCCUUAAAUUAUGAAAAUGUAGAAGGGGAGAGCCAAGGUUCAGUGGAGUUUUCUGUGGCACACACUGUAAUAGUUUAAUGGCUUGCUGUUUUUAGAGCCAUAGU